GGGAGGCGGGGCGGCGCCGCCGGUACCGUUGGGCGCAGAGGCGGCGGCGGGCGGCGGGCGGCGCCGCCAUUAUGAGUUACUCAGGUUAUGGAGACUGGAACUCUGGGACAAACAGAGGGUAUGAGAGCUACAACUACGGCUACGGCUACGGGCAGGACAACUCGGGCAGCUAUGGCUACGGCAUGGCUGCCUCCAACUCGUGGGAUAUGGGCAACUCGGACAUGGACAUGAACCCAGAUGGUGCUGGCAGUGCCGACGCCGUCAUUGCCAAAAUGAACCAGCGCCUGGACGUGGUGUCCCACCUGGAUGCUGACAGCAUGCAGGGCGGGCACUACGGCUCCGGCGGGGAUCGGUACGACUCAUACGAAUCCUACGACUCGAGGUCCUCGCUGAACGACCGGGACAUGUACCGCUCCGGUUACGACUACAAUGAGAACGAGAACGACAACGCCUACGACAGUCACUACGACGGUCACUACGACGACCACUAUGAAAGUCACUACGACAGCUUCUAUGGGACCCGCAGGGACCAGUACCAGCACAGGGCGCGGGAUGGCUUUGGCCAACGGGGUCAGAACUGGGCGCGGGACGGGCGCAACACCAGAGCCAUGGCUUCACCGUACUCGGGGCGCAUGGGCGGGCAGUGGAACGACGCGCCGCGAGGCCUGGGCCCCCAUGGCUCCUCCCGCCUGCCCUCCCUCUUCUCCCACAACAUCAUCCCGGAGCUCGGCGCGUUCCAAGGGAUGCGAGGAUUUUCGGGGAACGUGCGCUUUGGAGGAGGCAUGAUGAAGCAGAGGAUGAGGAGAAACUGGAAAAUGUGGGAUUCGGACUUUAAACCUCAGAAAAAGAAAAUGAAGAAGGACCUCACCGGAAAGAAGAGGAAGCAAACCAGCAGCUCAGAUGAACCCGACAGCAAGGCGGCGAAGACAGAUGGCUCCGAAUCGGACUCUGACAACGAGGAAGGAACCGAAGGAGAAUCGGGAGAAAAAGAGGAGAAAGAAGGCUCCAGAGGCGAAGGGGAAGAUGAAGAAGGUCGAGACUCAGAGAAAGGUGCUUUAACAAUUCAAGAAGAGAUCAGUCAAAUCAAACGCAAAUUACAGGCGGGCAAGAAAACUCAAGAGAGGCAAAAGAAGAGGCACCGAGAUCGCAUGGUGGAAAGGAUCCAGUACGUUUGCUCCCUGUGCAAAUAUCGCACCUUCUACGACGACGAGAUGAACAGCCACCUGGAGAGCAAAUUCCACAAGGAGCACUUCAAGUUUGUUGGAACCAAGCUGCCCCAGCAGACUGCUGACUUCCUGCAGGAAUACGUUGCCAAUAAAACGAGGAAAACUGAAGAGCGCCGUAAAGCAAUUGAGGACAUCAAUGCCGUUAUCCAGCAGAUCUACAGGGACCAGGAUCUCACACAAGACAUCGGUAUGGAGCACUUCAUCAAGAAGGUGGAGGCCGCUCACUGCGCUGCCUGCGACCUCUUCAUCCCCAUGCAGUACGGCAUCAUCCAGAAGCACCUGAAGUCUCUCGACCACAACCACAACCGCAGGGCCAUGAUGGAGCAGUCCAAGAAAUCCUCCCUGGUCGUGGCCAGGAGCAUUCUGAACAACAAGCUGAUCAGUAAGAAGCUGGAGCGGUACCUGAAGGGUGAGAAUCCUUUCACGGAUGACCCUGAAGAAAAAGAGGAGCACGAGGAGGGAGAAGGGGGAGCGGCUGGGAACGUGGAGGAAGGGACAGCAGAAGGAGGAGACGAAAACAAGGAGGAGGAGGAGCAUCUGGAAGAAGAGAAUGGGGAUGAUGAGAACAAGGAGGAAAACGUGGGCGAUGAGAACAAGGAGGAAGAGAAUUUAGACAGUGAGAAUAAAGAGGAAGAAAUUUUAGACGGUGGAAACAAAGAGGAAGGAAAUCUGGAAGAUGAAAGCAACGAUCCCAAGGAGAACCCAGAAGGAAAUGAAAAUGAGGAGGAGGAAGAAAAAGGGACAAAGAGGGAAACUGAGGCCCAGGCAGAAGCACAAGAAGUGGAGCUGGGUGCAGGGAGCAGAGGGGGGGAGGAGGAGGAGGAGAGCUGGCAGCCUGCUGGGGAGUCGCUGCCCGAGGAUGAAGAGCAGCAGCCAGCAGAAGGUGAAGAGGAGGAGGAGGAGAGUGAAGAAACGGCUGCUGCUGCUGAGGACGAGGCAUAAAACAUUGGAUGGGAAAGCUGACGUGAAAGAACUGGCAUCUUUUUUUUAAGAACAUUGGAAAGAAGCGUAACUGUAUCUGUGAAUUUCAUAGCACACGUUGAGUUACCGUUCCACUAAACCUGUGUAGGCAGUGGAAGCCUUUACCUGUAAAGUGAUGGGGGAAAAUAGAUUCUUAUUUUAUUUUUUUGUUCUGUUUUGUUUUUGUUUUGUUUUGUUUUUUUACCAAAUCUUCAUUUGAGUAGCUAGGUUUUGUGUGGUCUGGUUUUUUAGAUGCCUUUGUACUAGGAGAACUUCUCUGAGCAUGUGUACCAACCGGCGCAUCGUCACCGCCUGGCGAAGCAGAGCUCUUCUCUCUUCCCCCAGACACAUUUUCUAUAUUUAAUGAAGAUGUGGUUUGUCCCCUCAGCCUGUUUGCCUGGAGCCAGCAGAAGUUCCCUCGCAGGGCGUCCAUUCCUGCGACGCACGCUGUGAGGUUCUGCGUCGUCUCCGUGUGACUGUAAUAUUUCCUCCCCGAUGUUUUAAUGCGGAGCGAAAGUUUUCAGUGGUGUCAACGUUUGUGGUGUUUGUGAAAUGCUUUCCCUUGGAGGUGGAUGUUGUGGUGGGUGGAGAUAAAGGACUACCUGCGACUGCCCCGACUCUGCCUUCAUUUCAGAGCUGGGAGGAGGUGGAGGCUGAGCACAGCUCUGCUGCCCCUGAAGUGUCGUCACCCGGAGCGCAGAUCUGCCUCUGGGAUGAGGUUUGAUUGCCAUUCUGUGCUGCUGUGAGCGUUAAGGACCCUUCCAGCAUAACCCGUUCUCUGGUUCUUUGACCUUCAAGGACCCUUCUGGCCCACGGCUCUGUGAUUUUCUGACCCUUCCAACCAUUCCAUCAUCUCUAAGAUCCCUUCCCAAUUUAUUCCGUGAUUCUUAAGGACUCCUCCAACCCUUCAUGGGCAGGACAUGACACACGUGUUCCAUCAGCAAGAAGGGCUCAAUCCACAAUUAAAUCCCUAUUAAUUAGGGCAUUGCUGCAGCUGCCGUUAAGGUUUCGAGGCUUUUCAAGUGAAGCCUUGCUCCUUAAUGCACCAACCAUUGCUGUGCUGCAGACACAUUGCAGGACGUUCUGUGCAAUUUGUUCUCCCUCAAGCACCACAUUUCCUCCUCAAAUUUCCUCAUUUUUCCCUUCAUAAUGCCGUUUUUGGGUCACAUUUCCCUCUUUUGUCCUCACUCUCCUUUAUCUCUCUCCUUCCACUCCUCCACUUUCCCCACAUUUUUCUUCCCAUUUCUCCUCUUUUUUCACCUUUUCCCAUUUUUCCUUCACAUUUCCUCAUUUUUCCCCCAUUCAUUUUCCUUUCUCAUUUCUCCCAAUUUUCCCUUCACUUUCCUUCACUUUCCCCUCAGAUUUCCUCAUUUUUCUCUUCCCGUUUCCUCGCCUUUCUCCAUUUUUCCCACUCAUUUCUUCAUUUUUCCUUGUUUUUCCUUCCUAUUUAUUUAUCUCUUCUUUUUCCCCUCCAUAUUUCAUCCCUUUCCCAUUUUCCUCUCCUUUUCCUUCACUUUUCCCCUCUACUGUCUCCGUUUUUCCUUCACUAUUCCUUAUUCUUCUUCCUUUUCCCCCAUUUUCCCCUCUGUUUUCCCCCUUGUUGCUCUUUUCCCCCCCAGAAUCGAACUGAAUUCCCCUUUCCAUGUUAAUCGCAGCCCCUCGAGGAGCAGCAGAGGGACGGGGUCACGCUUAGGGCUGGGGUCAGGGGUCAGAGGUUACGGUGUCACUGCU